CCUCUCAUCUCUCCCAAGCUCCAAUAGUUAUAAACUUAUAACUACGACUUGAAGAGACAGAGAAAAAAAGCUACUAGCUUCCUCGCUAGGGUUUCGAGAUCAUCCAUGGCUUCCAAACCUUGCUCCUCCCUCGCUCUUUUCCUCGUCAUCAACCUUCUCUUCUUUUCCAUGGUCUCUGCGUGCUAUCACUGUCCCGGUGGUUCAAACCCAAGGCCCAGGCCGAGACCUAUCCCCAACCCCUUCAACCCCACCCCCUCCCCGGGAAGCGGAACCGGAACAGGAACAGGAACAGGAACCGGAACCGGAACCGGAACCGGAACAGGAACUGGAACUUGCCCCAGGGACGCACUGAAACUAGGGGUAUGUGCCAAUGUGCUCAACGGUUUGUUGAACGUGACGCUUGGUCAGCCGCCGGUGACGCCAUGCUGCACCCUCAUCCAAGGGCUCGCCGACCUUGAGGCCGCCGUCUGCCUCUGCACCGCCCUACGAGCUAACAUUCUGGGUAUCAACCUCAACAUUCCGAUCUCUCUCAGCUUGCUUCUCAACGUUUGCUCUAGGCAAGUCCCUCGUAACUUCCAAUGCGCUUGAUGAUCAUCCCAACAGCUAUAAGUACGUACGUCUACGUACACCGUAUUUCAUCGGCGACCUUCUUAUUAUUCUGUUACUCCAUUUGUUUCAACUUCUACAAAAAUUAAAUUCUAGUAUCAUGUGUGUGUGAUUUAUUAUUGUGUACUUUUAUGAUUAAUUGGAGGCUAGCUAGUAGCUGCAUGCCUAGUUAUCCUUUAUUAUUAUCUAUCUACAGUUAGUGCUUGUUUUUAUUCGUGCAUGGAGUCAAAGUGAAUAAGUUUCCCCGUGUUUACUUGCCAAGUAAAUUGUAAGGGGAACCCCAAAAAUUAAUCACAGUGUUCUUCAUUAUAAAGAAAUGGUUCGAAUCCUUCUUUUCC